AAGUAUUUUGGUGUGACGAGAGCACAUGCGCCGCUCAUCAUCACAGCACAUCACAAUCAUGCAGCAGACAGACAUACUACACUCAUAAUUUAGUGCAAUCGGUUUGUGUAUGUUGUUAUCAGCAGAGACGCUGAACAAUGCGUAUGCCUGUGGCGCUGUUUUGCCUUCAUGCACCUGAAGUCUUCAUGCGAGACUUGAAGAAUUGAAUUGGAAUUCUGAGUGAAUGAUGAGUCAAAAUGCAAGCUCUAUUAAUUACGGGUCAUGGAAAAACUAGAAAACUCGACAGAUUGUAAGGAGACUGUGUCUCCACUAAACAAUUCAGGGUCUGUACUGAACAGCACCGUCUGCCGUCAUGAAGCUAUGGGCUUUGUGCUGGUGCAUGCAGGGGCAGGGUAUCAUUCAGAAUCCAAAGCCAAGGAAUACAAACAUGUGUGCAAGAGAGCUUGCCAGAGAGCUGUGGACAGGCUCAGAGCUGGAGGACUGGCACUGGAGGCAGUGACAGCAGCUCUAAUAGAGCUAGAGGACUCCCCGUUCACCAAUGCGGGUACAGGUUCAAACCUGAAUCUGUCGGGUGAGAUUGAGUGUGAUGCCAGCAUCAUGGAUGGGAAGUCCUUAAACUAUGGAGCUGUUGGAGCCUUGAGUGGAAUCAAGAACCCAGUGCUGGUAGCCAGAAGAUUAUUAAGUGAAACUCAGAAGGGGAAGCUAUCAGCUGGCAGGAUCCCUCCCUGUUUCUUAGUGGGCAAAGGAGCAGAACAGUGGGCCAUCAGCCAUGGGAUCCCAGCAUGCCCUACAGAGAAGAUGACCACCAAGUUCAGUUUGUCAGGCUACAAGAGGAACAAGAGGAAGAUGGAGCUGGCAGAGCAGGUCGAGACAAAGAGGAGAAGACAGUUGUGUGGACACGAGAACGAUUUAGGCUGCUUGGAGCCAGUAGGAGACAUCAUGGUGGAGGGUGAGGAGAAUAACUCAGCCUGUCUGGAUACAGUCGGUGCGGUCGUAGUGGAUCGGGAUGGGAAUGUGGCAGCUGCAGUAUCCAGUGGAGGUCUGGCCAUGAAACACCCGGGUCGGGUUGGACAGGCUGCUCACUAUGGGUGUGGCUGCUGGGCUGAAAACGCUCGAGACGUCAGCCUUUACUCUACAGCUGUGAGUACCUCAGGGUCUGGGGAGCACCUGAUUCGCACCAUGUUGGCCAGAGAGUGCUCUACCUCCAUGCAGACUGAAAACGCACACCAGGCCCUACUGGAGGCUAUGCAAAAUAAAUUCAUCAGUUCGCCGUUCCUGGCUGGCGAGGACUGUGUUCUGGGUGGGGUGAUUGUUCUGAGGUGCUGCACAUGUGGAGAAGCCCAACGAUCUGAAGACAUCCAGGCUCUGCUGGUGGAGUUUCUAUGGAGCCAUACUACAGAGAGCAUGUGUGUGGGAUACAUGUCUGCCCAGGACAGUAAACCCAGGACUCACAUAUCCAGACUUCCUCCUGGGGCGGUGGCCGGACAGUCGCUGGCAAUCGAAGGUGGAGUCUGUCGACUUGGCACCGUGAGUGACUGAAGCGGUGUGAAAUCAUCCUCUAUUUCUGCAGCAUAAGCAAGAGCUUGAUGUUGUGUCAUCGUAGGACACCAUUAUAAAGGGACAAAAAGGUUGCAAUAUAUCUUUUCUUCCAUCUUUUCUUUAUUGCACAGAUAUAAAAACAUUUAUUCACAAUUUCCUUUUCUAAAACAUACCGUGCUACUUUUGCGUUCCAUUCAUGGGCAUAGCAUAGACAGUGUCAUCUGUGUCACUUGAGAUGGGGGGACGGGGACAGGGUUAGCAGGGUAAUUUGCCUAAGGCGUCUGCUAAGAAAAGGACAUGCCAAGUGCACUUCAGGACUAGUGCACUGCUCUGGUUUUAGUGGGCUUCCAAGGAACUCAGCCUCUAAUAUGUGCUGGACAAGACUUGAUGCUCCAUUUCUAUUCCUCUCUUAAACAAUAUGCACCGUCCUUUUCGUUGUAAAUAAGCUAAGGGUUGUUGAAACAGGGUGGCCAUUAAUGUAAACGGCUUACUUGAUGUUUGAUAUUACUUUUACUAUUAUGUUUUAUAUAUAGAUAAGGUGCUUGUUUUGUGCAAAAGUUCAGUUUAGUAAUUCAUAUUAUAGGUCUUAACAUUUUCGGUCUGAGUGGAGAUAUUUGACGUGUGCUUGAUGUGAGUCUGGUUAAGUCGCAAAUGCGUAGACAGAGUGGAAUGCAGGAUAAAAUCCUUUUUGAAAUUUGCAAAAAUUGCCUUUUCGUUUGACUUUAUUAAAGCUAGGAAUAGCAGUUUAGAAUAAAAUUUGCCGUUUACUUGCUCUCGUGUCAUUCUAAACCUGUACAGUUUACUUUCUUAAGCAGAACACAAGAGGAUCCUCGUCAUUGUAUAUAUAUAUAUAUAUAUAUAUAUAUAU